GCGCCCAAGCGCGCGAAUGAACGAUUCAAUGUCCACCAUAACGGUUGCGAGAAACCUCACUCGUCUGAUCUUUCUCUAAUCUCAAUCUCGUCCCUAUCUAUCUAUCUUUCUUUCUUUUUAGUUUUCCUUUUAUGUCGUGUGUUUCUCUCUAUCUCUCACUCUUCAUAAACAAAACGAAACAAAACAAAAACCUAAUCAGAUAACCCCACGAAACCCUCUUCAUAUCUCUCGCAGCUACCUGCCUCUCGUGCUCAACCAGGAUUUUAGUUGAAAAUAUUUUAAUUAUUUUCGUUGGGUGUUCACUGGUAUAGCAUUGAGUGGUUUUCAGGUUUGCAGAUGGAGGGAGCAUACUCAGUCUAAGUUUUAGCGGGGGGAUAUUUUUGACAGAUUGUGGCAAUGGCCGCUGAUCAGCGGAGAAAGAGAGUUAAUGGUACCAGUGUGGCAGGUUGCAGUUCUCUGAAGCAAUAUGGAAUGAAGAAGAGAAAAUUGGAGUCACAACACAAGGGUUUAAACUCGAAAUCACAUAUUUCUCUUGAGUGGGACGGGAAUAUAAAAAAGGUUGUUGCCAGAAAGGAUCAGAUUGGAAUAACUAGGAGGAAUUUAAGGCCAUUCAUUGAUUCUGUUCCUGGUUCCCACAAUGCUUUGGCAGAUGUUUUUUCUAUUCCUCAAGAUAUUUUUGAGUUGGAGAAUUUGAGUGAGGUUCUCUCUUACGAGGUUUGGCAGACUCAGCUAUUAGAAGAUGAGAGAAAGUUUCUUAUGCAGUUUCUUCCUAGUGGACAAAAUGCAGAACAUGUUGUGCAAGCACUACUUUCUGGGGAUAAUAUUGACUUUGGAAAUCCUUUUCUCAAAUGGGGCGCUUCACUUUGUUCAGGUAAUCUUCAUCCUGAUGCAGUUCUUCACCAGGAACGAUGUUUAAAGGCUGAUAAGAAAGCAUAUUACUCUGAGUUGCAGAAAUAUCAUGAUGAUAUUAUAGAGUAUUUGCAGAAGUUGAAGGAUAACUGGGAAAGCUGCAAAGAUCCAGAAGAGGAAAUUUUGCCAAAGUUUGGAAGGUCAAGAAGAGAUGCGGAGAAAAGAAUAUCCUCAAAUGCUAGUGAAUCUAGACUCCGCGAUCUUGAGCAGGAUGUUACUGCAACAUCUGAAUCUUGUUCUUGGGUUGCGGAUGAGAAAGCAAGUAGCAGUGAUAAUCAGAACUCUUCAGCAGUGAAGGGCGGAGAACAUCAAAAAAGGAUGCACGACAAAGGUUUCAAGAAGGACAAAUCUAGAAAUCCAUUGUUUGCUUCUGAUGACGUGCUAAAUGUGGGAGCAAAACUCAAAAAAGGAGACAAGCUAAAGAAGCGCAAUAUCCACCAUAGUGAUGGUGCCAAGUAUAUGUCAUAUUUCAAGAUUAGCAAGAAGCAGCAUGAACUUGUUAAGAGUAUGAAGCAGUCUGGUAAAAGCAUUCAAUCCAAGUCUCUGAACCGGGUUUUAGGAAACCUUGAUGGUUUGCAUGUACAACCUUAUGAAGUGUUUGAAGAAGAAGAGAAGAAGAAGUUGCACAAGCAUUGGUUGCAACUGGCAAAUGAAGAUCUCCCUAUAUUUUAUGCCAACUGGAAAGAAAGAAAGUUACAGAUGUGGGAAAUCACACAAUCCUUGGGGCAAGAGAUGAAAGACAGAUUAAAAUUUCUGGUUGAGAGUGAGGAAGAAGAGAACGCUGUUGCUCAGGAUGAGGAAGAAGAGAACGCUUUUGUUCAGGAUGAGGAAGAAGAGAACGCAUUUGUUCAGGAUGAGGAAGAAGAGAAUAUUGUUGUUCAGGAUGAGGAAGAAGAGAAUGUUGUUGUUCAGGAUGAGGAAGAAGAGAACUCUGUUGUUCAGGAUGAGGAAGAAGAGAUCCCUUUUGUUCAGGAUGCGGAAGAAGAGAACCCUGUUGUUCAGGAUGCGGAAGAAGAGAACCCUGUUGUUCAGGAUGAAAUGGAGGAAUACCGAGAUGCAUGUCAUGAUCAGAAGGAGGAUGUAGCAGCAAAGCAUGAGUCAAACACAGAAGACAAUGAAGACUCUGGUCCUGGCUCCCCCCAGGAGCAGUAUCCACAGCGAGUCUCUUCCCCUAGUAGGAACCCUGAGUUCAACCACAUAGAUAUGGAUCUUGAAAACAAUCACGUUACCUCUAAAUCAGACAAAUCUUCUUCGGAUGUAUCUGGCCCCUUGGAGAAAAUGAACACUGCUGAUGAUAAUGUCAAUGACGAAGAUCCUCUUCCUUCUGGUGGAAAUGUCUGGCAUGCCAUGAGCAGGCCACGUUCUUAUUAUGAUUCUACUGCUACCCAUGAGUUUCCAAUCGGUGGGUUGCCACUUAUGAAUCCACGGGUUAAUGAAGACCAACAAUCCCAUCUAAUUGAUCUGGAAUCAGACUUGAAAGGAGACAUGAGGAAAGAUUUGCUACACAGACAAUCAGAUGAUGGUUCCUUAAAUUCUUAUCGGACCCAUGACCGAAAUGAGCUCCUGCAGUCUCUUUUCAAGGCCCAGGGGAUGUUAUCAUACCAUCAAGAGCAGAAACAGGCAGGGCUGGAUUUCCAGCCACCAAACAACUUGUUGAUGGCAGCUGAUGGCCGUUUUCCUGGGCAUUUCCAGGAGCAGCUGCAGACAUCGCUGCAACUUGAGCAGGGGCCGAAGAGACUGAAUGAUAUUUUCAUGCAACAAAACAUAUCAGAGCACAUUUACCCUGACAGAGGUAGAUACUUAAUACCAAGGCAAGAAAACUUGCAACCAGGAAACAUGCAGAAUUGGACUGUUAACCCUGCCCGCAUGUCAGAGCCUAUGGAAUCUCAUAUAAACAGUGGAGAAUUGUUGAAUCAGAACUGGUUUUCUGGGGAGCAUCAAGUUCGUGGUGGCUGGACAGGGUCAGAUGGAUCUAGUUUCCAGAGCCAGAGCAUUGGGAACGGAAACAACGCUGAUCAGAGUUUAUAUAGUGUUCUAACGAAUUGUGGCCAGCUAUGUUCAGUUAAUCCCUAUGAAUCAAUAGGAUCAACUGAGCAAUUCAUUUCUUCAAGGAAUUAUGGAUUGAUGGCUGGAGGUGCUCCUGGGAUUAGUAAUGCUUUACCACACACAGCGCAUCCGCUUGACUACUUGGGUGGGCGUGAUGCACCUACCUCUGUGAUGCCUGAUGAUAUGGGAUGGAUGAACUUGCCACAUCAGAAUCCUACUUUGCAUGAUCAGAUGGGGAAACCCUACUUGAGGUCUUGGAAUCAGUAAGAAAAUAUUUUACAAUGUUCUCGAUAAGGUUGAAAUUGUGAUCUGGGUGGGAAAACUGCUAAGAACAAAUACUGCAUCCAAGAUGCAUGUGACAGGAGAUUGUAACCUGUGACUUGCUUCGAAGAAGAGAAUUUUGAGGUUACUGCAGAUUUGCAGAAGCCAAUGAGUAUACAGACCCUGAGAUAGGUUUUUGUACAUACCUAUACAAGAGCCAACUCAACACCAUGUAUAUAGCCUAGAUGUUAGAAGGGUAGUUGGGAGGUAAGUUGCAGGAGGGGAAAAAUCCAGGUUUCUCCAGUUCUCUAAUUGGUAGGCCAAAAUAUAUAUAAUUAUAUUAUAUUAAAUUUUUAUUUUCAUGAGGAUUUUUUGUUUUCUCUUGUUGACUGAGGAUUGAGGAAUACCUUUUCAAUAAUUUUGGAGACUAGAAAUUGUUAAGGUCUCUCUUUA